AUUAUUAUCUGUACGUAAUGCUAGUAUUAUGAUUUAUUAAUAUGCGAUGUGACAGUUUGACAUUUUAGUUUUUUAAUUCGAUUUUCAAGAGCAAACUGUAAACAUGGAAACUUUGCUCAAAACAAAUAAUUCUAAAAAAUAUAAAUAAUAAAGUUUGAACGAAAUCAUGAAUGAUUCGCUUUCCAAUAGAAUGAUGGAACCAAAAAAAGUGGGCGUCUGGGCGGAAGGGACGCACAUCGAGGCGAAGGAGUAUAUUCUACCAGAAAAAUCACCAGACUUGAGUGAUGACAUCCCAACCAUACCUGAUGUGGAUGAUUUGCAAGAUAUACUGGAAAAGGAGAUAAUUGUUGCACCUGUUUCAGAUCGGAAGAAUAUGGAGACAGUGAAUACCCUGGCAGAAGUGGGAGGUGGUAUAACAGGUGCUGACGGUAUUGAUGCAGUCCUGGAGAUUCUCAAUAAGUUUAUACCAGAGGAGGAAUUGGACACUGCUGAUAAUAUCUGGACUGUUGAUUCAUUGCUGGCUCAGCUUGCUGACGAGUCUCCGGAAGCUGCUAUGUGAAGAUAUUUAGUACCUACUAGUAUGUAGUAAAUAGGACUAUAAAUUAUUUGAUUUAUUGUUGGAUCAAAUAUAAGUUGAGAAUUAUCAUUCACUGACGCGAAAGUGUGUGUAAAGUAUGGGUUAAAUAUUAUUUUGUAGUAAGAUAUGUUUUUUUUUGCAACUAAAAUUCAUAAAUUUAUCAAUACAUACUUAAACAAAUAUUUGCACAUUGUACAAACCAAUUUUUAUUAUGAGCUUUUUAUAAACAUUUAUCUGAGUUAGGUAGUCAAUUCUACAGUUGUGUUUCAAAAGCUACUGCACCCGUACAAAAUAUAUGUGUUCUGCAUGACCAUUGUAAAGGAAUCGCAAUCCUUUGUAUAUCUCAUUCCACAUUAAUAUCUGAUGGGCACAAGAUUUAAUCUAUCUCAUUUGCAAUAAUAGAUCUGAUACAUAAUACUGUAUGAAAGCUUUCUAUAUAUAUAUUUAUAAUUAGGUAAUACUUGUAGUUUGUAGAAAGUUAGUUGCACGAGAUGCCACUAGCUUCAAACUGUGUUCGCCGAUGCAUGUCACACUAGAAUUUAUAUAUGUAUUUUAUGUAGGCAUAUUUUUUGUGAUAGUAAAAAAACAAAUCAUAAAACAAAGAUUUGGCUGUAUUAAUAUUUUAUAUGCUUGCUGUCUGAACUAAAAACCAAAAUCUAAGUACAUGAUAAAAAAAUCCCAUGGUAAACAGUUUACUGAUUUAUGUAUUAGUUUUUUUGGUUUGGCAACAGUUGUCAAUGAUAUAUUGUUAUGCCGGCGCCACGUACAGACAAAUAUUUGGACAGACUUUGCCACACAUUUGAACAGACUUUGCCACACAUUUGAACAGACUUUGCCACACAUUUGAACAGUUAUGCCGGCGUCACACACAGACAAAUAUUUGAACAAUUUUUGAAAAUAUUUUUGCUAUGUGUGGCGCCGGCAUUAUGCAUAUCUUCAAUGCUAGUCCAUUGUGAGUGACCAGAAUUCUAUUUAACUAUAAUUAUUUCAACUAUAUUUUAAUAGCUUAUGGCUUGGGACUAAACAAAUUAUAAAAAACUGUUACCACAUUAGGCAAAUAAAAGAAAAAACAAUUUUAAAAAUUUUAUUUGUAAAAAAACAUUAUUUAUAUCUGUAACUGAUUGGUUCUUCACUUUUUGUUAUUAUUUAUUUGUAACAAUGUAAUCCGUCCGAUAUUUCAUAGUAUAAGGAAUGUCUCAAUAGCUAUGUAUAAAUUAAAUAAAUAAUUAAACUAAUAAA